AUGGCGCCAUACAUGGACGAGGCGAUCGAGCCUGUGGACGAUGCGCUGGAGUCUCGCCUCAAGAAGGCGCCUGCUCUCGUCGCACCCGAGCCAGAACACUGUCCAGGCCCCGAAGGCGACCUCGCAGGCAAGGCAGACGCAUGUGCCGGCUGCCCAAACCAAGCCAUAUGUGCUUCUGCGCCGAAAGGACCCGAUCCGGACAUUCCUGUCAUUACACAACGACUCGCAGGAGUCAAGCACAAGAUACUGGUUCUGUCUGGCAAAGGUGGCGUAGGCAAGAGCACAUUCACCACCAUGCUUGCUCACGCCUUCGCCAGUAAUGAGAAGAAUAUGGUUGGUAUCAUGGACACAGACAUCUGCGGUCCGAGCAUACCCAAGAUGUUGGGUGUGGAGACCGAGACGAUACAUGUGACCAAUACGGGAUGGGAGCCGGUCUGGGUGAGUGAUAACUUGGGUGUGAUGAGUGUGCAGUUCAUGCUGCCGAAUAGAGAUGAUGCUGUAAUCUGGCGAGGACCGAAGAAGAAUGGCUUGAUCAAGCAAUUCUUGAAGGAUGUGGAGUGGGGUGAGAUGGACUAUCUGGUUGUAGACACGCCUCCAGGCACGUCGGACGAGCAUUUGAGUGUGAACAGCUAUCUAAAGGAGUCAGGUGUAGAUGGAGCAGUACUAGUCACCACACCACAAGAGGUAGCACUGCUGGAUGUGAGGAAGGAGAUUGACUUCUGUCACAAGGCUGGCAUACGAAUCCUUGGACUAGUGGAGAACAUGUCUGGCUUUGUCUGUCCAAAGUGCACGCACACUUCCGAGAUCUUCAGAGCGACUACUGGUGGCGGCAGGAAAUUGGCAAUUGACACUGGGAUACCGUUCUUGGGUGCUGUGCCUCUCGACAGUCGGAUCGGGAUGGCGUGCGAUUAUGGCGAAAGCUUCUUCGACAACUUUCCGGACUCUCCGACUUGUAAGUCUCUCAAGGAAGUGGUCAGAAAUGUCGGCAAGGAAUUGGGUGUGAAAGCUGAAGACGUACUUGGAGAAGGUUGA